UGAGCAGAUCAGCUGGUACAAGCCCUGGACCAAAACGCUGGAGAACAGACACCAACCCUCCACCAGCUGGUUUGUGGAGGGAAUGCUUAAUAUUUGUUACAACGCCAUUGAUCGUCAUAUUGAGAAUGGUAGAGGAGAUAAGAUUGCUAUCAUCUAUGACAGUCCUGUUACAAAUACUAAAGAAACUAUCACCUACAAACAAGUCCUGGAGCAGGUCUCUAAACUAGCUGGUGUUUUGGUCAAGUAUGGUGUCAGAAAAGGUGACACUGUGGUCAUCUACAUGCCCAUGAUCCCACAAGCAAUGUAUACCAUGCUGGCGUGUGCAAGGAUAGGAGCUAUCCACAGUCUCAUAUUUGGGGGAUUUGCAUCUAAAGAACUAAGUAGUCGCAUUGAUCAUUCAAAGCCCAAGGUGGUUGUUACAGCCUCAUUUGGCAUUGAACCUGGAAGGAAGGUAGAAUACAUCCCACUUAUAGAAGAAGCCCUAAGAAUAGGACACCACAAGCCAGAUAAAGUUCUCAUUUAUAGUCGUCCAAAUAUGGGUGUGGUCAGGCCCACUGGGGGAUACGCUGUAAUGCUAAACUGGACGAUGUCUUCCAUAUAUGGACUUAAACCUGGAGAGGUAUGGUGGGCAGCUUCUGACUUAGGCUGGGUUGUUGGACAUUCCUACAUCUGCUACGGACCUCUCCUGCAUGGGAACACUACAGUUUUAUAUGAGGGGAAGCCUGUGGGAACACCAGAUGCUGGUGCUUAUUUCCGUGUGCUUGCAGAGCAUGGAGUUGCUGCCUUGUUUACAGCACCAACUGCAAUUAGAGCAAUCCGUCAACAGGACCCUGCAGCAGCCCUGGGGAAGCAAUACUCUCUGACAAGGUUCAAAACAUUAUUUGUGGCUGGAGAACGAUGUGAUGUAGAGACCCUGGAAUGGUCCAAAAAGGUCUUCAGAGUACCUGUCCUAGACCAUUGGUGGCAAACUGAGACCGGAUCACCAAUUACAGCCUCAUGUGUUGGACUAGGUAACUCUAAAACGCCUCCUCCAGGGCAAGCAGGAAAAUGUGUUCCAGGAUACAAUGUUAUGAUUUUGGAUGACAACAUGCAAAAACUGAAGGCUCGAUGUUUAGGAAAUAUUGUGGUAAAGUUGCCAUUACCACCAGGAGCUUUUUCAGGACUCUGGAAGAAUCAAGAAGCAUUCAAGCAUUUAUAUUUUGAAAAAUUUCCUGGUUACUAUGACACCAUGGAUGCGGGUUACAUGGAUGAAGAAGGCUAUGUGUAUGUUAUGUCUCGAGUUGAUGAUGUCAUAAAUGUUGCAGGUCACAGGAUUUCUGCAGGUGCCAUUGAAGAGUCUGUCCUUUCCCAUGGUACUGUUGAAGACUGUGCUGUGGUUGGCAAGGAAGAUCCUUUGAAAGGUCAUGUUCCCUUAGCAAUCUGUGUGUUGAAAAAGGAUAUAAAUGCCACAGAAGAACAAGUUUUAGAAGAAAUUGUGAAACAUGUUAGACAGAGCAUUGGCCCUGUGGCUGCUUUUCGAAAUGCAGUGUUUGUUAAACAGUUGCCCAAAACAAGAUCUGGCAAAAUUCCUCGAGCUACUCUAUCUGCCUUAGUAAAUGGCAAGCCAUAUAAGGUAACUCCCACAAUUGAAGAUCCCAGCAUUUUUGGGCAUAUAGAAGAAAUGCUGAAAAAGCCAUCAUGAUUUUAUUUCUAUUACGAGUUCAUAUGAGUUAAUUUUGUAGCUGGAAUUAAGUUAUUUGAGUUACUUCUCAGAAAUAAAAAUUUAUAGAGAAAGGACUUUCUAAUUGCAAUGUGAAAUGUAAAACUUCAACAAAGCCAGUCUCAUGAAGACCAGUGAAAGAACCUGUCUGAUUGUACCCAAUUGUAUGGUUUUUCAGUUGUCUAUAACAUGGCUCACCAUAUGUUGUCCAGUGCUAUAAGAAAAUGUAUCCAUUCCAUGAAUAUUAAAAAAAAUUCCACUAAAAUUCUAUUGCAAUUAAAAAUGGCUCUUAUAAACAUUUGCUGACAGAAUUUAAAA